AAGGACGAUUAACGCGAGAUGUUUCUAACAGCUUCGACAGCCGUCCUGAAAGGGAUUGCUGGUCCUGUAAUAGCGUCACUGGCGAGGGCGUGUUUGGCGCCGUCUCUUCCACAAGUCACUGGGAUUGAGGCGAGCUAGUGCCCCACCAAACCCAAGAUGCUGAUUUCUCCCCUCCUUUUUAUUUAAAGAUUCGGUUCAUGCGGGCAGGAAUUAGACGCGGCCUCCGGAGGGAACCGGAACGUGAGGGCAAGAAGUGUUGAAACUGCAAUUAGCAGGUGGCGAGAGAUCAGACCAUCCUUCUCUCCCACGGGCUGGCGAGCGCCGGAGCUCCACUUCCAUCCACAGUGCAACUAUACACCAGUGAGGUUAAAUGUAUUUCUCCCAGUUGUUGUAGAUUGCUGUUUGCACUGUACAUCGGAAGAGCCCGUGAGCCUGAACCCGAUGAGCGAGGCUGGGUUUGAACUGUUGGAGCUGAGGUGCUGCCCCUCGCCGAGUCUGCCCGCACCCCCGGGCGUGGGUCCGCCGCUCGCCGCUCCCAGCUCCCCUGCACCGCGCUGUGCCGGACGAGCCGCUUCCACUCCCCGGGAAUGUGCCCUGCAGCCGGCGCGCUGCUGCUCAGCUGCCUCUGGACCGUCUCGGCAGUGAUGAUCCAUCCUGACUGUGAGCUUUUAUUGGAGAUCCAGCUGGCAGAGGAGUCGUGUCUUUCCGAUGUUUCAACCUUCCUUCUGGAGGAGGAGUCCGUAGGGUGUCACUCCAUGUGGGACAACCUCUCCUGUUGGCCGGCGGGAGCGACAGGAGCAACCGUGGUUCUUCCUUGUCCCAAGGUUCUGCUGCAGUACGCAGACCGACCAGGGAACGUGAGCAGACAGUGCACUGAUGAAGGUUGGACUGAGCUGUUGCAUUCUUACUCUAUUGCGUGUGGCAUCAACAUAAGCAACAUGGAAGACGACAUUAAGGGAAUAUUUCUACAAGCUGUGAAGAUCAGUUACACUGUUGGACACAGCCUAUCCCUGCUGUCCCUGAGUGCUGCCUUAGUAAUUCUGUGUCUCUUCAGGAAACUACACUGUACCAGAAACUACAUUCACAUGAACCUGUUUGUGUCCUUCAUUCUGAAAGCCAUUGCUGUGUUGAUAAAGGAUGUGGUGCUGUUUGACAGCGACUCCGACCAGUGCACGCUUUCCACGCCAUCGUGCAAGGCUGCCAUCACCUUCUUCGAGUUCAGUAUCACCGCAAACUUCUUCUGGCUGUUGGCAGAAGGCAUCUACCUUCACACGCUCAUCGUGGUCUUCUUCACCGAGAGGAAGUAUUUUUGGUGGUACAUCGUGACAGCUUGGGGUGUCCCACUAUUGAUCACGGUUAGCUGGACUCUUGCAAUGAUGUAUAACCAUGACUUCGGAUGCUGGGAUUCAAUUGACUCUCCAUACUUUUGGAUCAUCAAGGCUCCGAUUUCACUGACUAUUUUAGUGAACUUUAUUCUCUUCAUCUCCAUCAUACAAAUCCUGAUCCAGAAAGUAUAUUCAUCAGACAGCAGAGGAAGCGAGUACAGGCAGUACAUGAGGCUUGCAAAAUCGACUUUGCUUCUCAUACCACUAUUUGGAGUCAACUACAUAGUCUUUGUCUUUGUCCCUGAUCAUCUGAACGUCUACUUCCGGCUGGUAUUUGACCUUGCCUUGGGAUCUUUCCAGGGUUUCAUCGUUGCAAUCCUGUACUGUUUCUUGAAUGGAGAGGUGCAGCUGGAGCUCGGCCGGAAGUGGAGGCGGUGGUGCACACAGUGGUACCUCACAGCCAACUCAAGAUACUGCUUCCCUUCCCUGGAGAAUCACACCACAAAAGAGGGCACUCAGAUAUCAAUGGUGUCCUGCUACAGCUCUCAAAUCCAAGCUGCGAACAAUGACCAUGCUGACCUGCACCUUGCUUCUGUGCAGUGAAGUGCAAGUCAGGCACGGAGGGUAGUAACCAAACUUUGGCAAUUCUAGGAGUGAUUUUCUGAAACUUUAGCAAAGGCCACGGAAACUUUAAAAUCAGACAUGCAGUCAUAAGUCCUAGGAGCAGAAAAGGGCCAUUCGGCCCAUCAAGUCUACUCCACCAUUCAAUCAUGGCUGAUCUAUCAUUCCCUCUCAACCCCAUUCUCCUGCCUUGAAUCUGUGAGUCUGUCAAUCUCCGCAUUAAAAAUAUCCACUGGCCUGGCCUCCACAUUCGUAUGUGGCAAUGAAUUCCACAGAUUCACCUCCCUCUGACUAAAGAAAUUCCUCCUCAUCUCCUUCCUAAAGGUACGUCCUUAGGCAGUCAUAGGCAUGUUUGUAUGACAUUGCAAGCCAUCAGAAAAUCAGCCUUAGAAGGCCAUGGUAAAGGUUAUUUAGAUCGUUCAGUAUUUUAAUUAAUCAAUAUAUAUUGCCGUUCAAACUAAAGAAAAUAAUAUAGCUUCACUCUUGACAAGAAAUACCUGUCAAGCUCGUAAAGAAUCACAUGAUUUUUCUCUGAGCAUUUCGAGACCAAAAUAUUAGUGGCAGGAAUGCUGCAGAAACAGAAUUUCAUGCUGGGUUGUAUGUGUGAAGCACCAAAAUCAAUACUUCGGUAUUCAGCUCCCUGGAUUUCGACAGAGUUGAAUUGCAGAAGUGGAGUUCAACCUGGAAAAGCUACUACGCCAUGGUGUGGGCAGCAGAAGGCAAACCUGUGCCUUGCAGGGUUUACAAUAGGCUCUUGCUUUUUUAAAAUAAUCUUAAUACCCAACUUCUCAUCUGUCCAUCAAGCAUCACCGAGGAGCUGUUGUUUAGAUGUUUGCAGUGCUUCUGUCCCUUGCCAAGUAGACAGGCUUAACCUCACAAUCAUUCAUUGUGUGUGAAGUUUCUGUAAUGUUUCUGGGAGGUAACAGGAUGAUGUAUCAGUAAAAAAAAUGCAUUUACUUUCUUGGCAGGUGUCUGGUUAUUUGGGCUCCACAAAAAACACACGUUCAAAGGCAAAGCAAUCAAUAUCCCCACUGGAAAUCUCAUUUAUCAUUUGCAGCUGUGGAUAUAAUUCCACAGAGUCUCAGAUCACUGGAGCUCUAUGAACCCCACCUUCAGAUUCUACCAGUCAUGGAUUUAUUCAUGGAAUUAUACAAUACAGCCCUUCAGCCCACCGUCAAUACUGACUAUUGUGCACCCAAACAUGCUAACCCUACUUUAUUCUCCCCAUCUUCCUAUCGAUUAACAGGCAUAAUGACAUAGCGGUAGAACUACUGCCUUACAGCGUCAGAGACCCGAGUUUGAUCCUGACUACGGGUGCUGUCUGUAUGGAGUUUGUACGU